AUGGACCUUCUUAAACUGUAUCACGAUGAAGACUCUACCGCAGAUACAUCAUCAGAACAUCUUUCAGCCGAUUCCCCAGGAACAAAUGAUAUAUUCGAAGAGCAACCAAUAGCUCCUCGUAUAGGGGAGGAGUAUCAGGUGGAAUUGCCACUGCUGGAGAGAAGAUCACAAUACCUCGUCCCAAUUUUGAGCUCAGUCUCUGUCGGUACCACGAAUGAUACUGAUUUCGCUGUCAAAAUAGGAUUAGAUAUUCCGGUGACAUGGACUCUUGACAGGGAUGAACUAGAACCAUAUGUUUGUACAAGUGGUGCUGAAAUUGCCGAUGUAGAGUUGGUAAGAUUUGAUGGAGGUCUAUAUUCAAAAUUUCAUGAUUCAUUGAAUGGGCGUGCAGCUGAAGUUUCGAAGACUCAUGUAAAUGGUUCCGUAGCCUCAACGUAUAAGGGUGAAUUAUUCGAUCAAAAACCAAAUCUUGGGAAAAGAUAUUGUCCAAUACCUGCUUUGCCUAUGACCCCCUGGACAGAUGAUGAGAAGAAGAUCUUCCUCCUCGGCCUCUAUGUUUUUGGUAAAAAUCUUGUCCAAGUGAAGAGGUUCAUAGAGUGCAAAAGGAUGGGGGAUAUACUUUCGUUCUAUUAUGGGAGUUUCUACAGAUCAGAUGCCCACCGUAGAUGGUCAGAGUGUAGAAAGAUGAGAAGCAGGAAGUACAUUUAUGGGCAACGGAUUUUUAGUGGUUGGCGGCAUAAUGAACUUCUGCAGCGUUUGGAUCAGAACUUAUCGGAGGCAGGCAGAAGUGCUUUAGUUGAGGUUAGUGUUUUGUUAGUCCUUUUUUAAUUUUUUGAGCAUCAGAUAUGAAAAUUUUCCUUUACGAAUGAUCGUUGGUCUUCAAAUUAUUAACUUUGAUGAACGGCAUACAUUUAAGUCAUUAGUGCAGUAAGAGAACAGGUUAGAAUUUCUUUUCCAUUCAUCUAUAGAUAUUUCGUCCUAAUUUCCUGGGAGCAGGGCUGUGUCCGAGCGCUUUCUGACUAGAUCCUGGCACCUGUAUCCAGGUCACGAAUAUCUAUCUACUUUGGAUAUUUGGUUCAUCCAUCCAGGCAAUUUUCUGCCAUUCUUUGGUGGUGGCCAUUCCAUGUGAGAAUCAUCGUGAUUCCAUUAAGGUUCUGCCUCCCUCUUUCCCUCUUGGUCUCCCCCCUCUCAGUGACCUUUCCAUUUUUCCCCUCUUAUGCUAUCACACCCCUGGUACUUCUGGCAAUAGUUGCCAGUAGACCCAAUAUCCUUUUCUCCCCUAUUAAUGGAGGCCUUAAUAGCUCUGAUAUUUUCCUUAUUGUACAGUUGUAUUCUUUCUAGCGAUUUAUAAGCAGUCAUUUCAUGUUUUCGUCUCCUAAAUGGCCAUCCUUCUCCGUCUUCAUUCCUUUUUCUUUUGUUCUCUGCACCAUCUGGCAGUAAUGAUUCCCUGGGUCAUUCCUGCAAAUCCCUUCUGUAGGUGUUAUAUCACUUGGUUGCUCUCCUUUGUGGUUAUAGCAUAUUACUGACAUGUUUUCUGUUUGGUUAAUGUGACCUCUCCAUUUAUGGUUGCCACUGAGAUUGUCCCUUCUCUCCGUUGCUUCUCUUCACUGUCUCCAUCUCCAGUUAUGUAGGAUGACAGAACUUUUAUUAUCCUUGGAUCCUCACUGUUGUUAACCCCAGUCAACAAGUUUCUCAGUCCAAUCUUCAAUUCUUCCUACAAUGCCCUUUGCUUCUGCGACUGUAGCACCUUCUCUCACUCCCUCGGAAUGAACACAAUCAUAUAGCCAUGUUUGGUGGUGUUUGACAAUGCGUGUCGAUGGUUAUAAAUGAGAGCCGUGCCCAGUUGUAAUUGAUCAUAGUUGGCUAUGCUUGUACGACUUUCUUGUGCUCUAGCACAACUUUUUUUUCCUCUGAUAUCUGUCAUUCAUAUUUCAAAUUAUAUUUUUAAAACUGGCGAUCGUUUCAAAACCUCUUAAUUAUCCCAGAAUUAUAGGGAAUUUAAAGAUACAAGUGAAAAAAUAGGAAUAAAAUGGGUAUCAGAGAAAAUAAAACUUCUCACUGAGUCACAUCGAGCACUGCCAUGGCCAGCUGUGACAAAGCUUUGCCAUCAGUUUCAAAAUCUCCUAUUUAUUAGAAAAUGUCAUUGGUCCUCUUAUCAUGACAUCGUUUAAUAAAAAAGACGUGUUUCAUCCCUCUUAAUUUUAAAGGAUUUCAUCCUCAACCAUUGUGCACGCCUAAAAGUAGGGAAAUCCCUCAGGUUUGGCCUCCUCUAGGGAGUGCUGCUGUCAUAAUAUCUUUACAAGUGGUUUGAUUUAACUUGAAGCUCUUCUCUCUCUCUCUCUCUCUCUCUCUCUCUCUCUAUAUAUAUAUAUAUAUAUAUAUGUUAUAUAUUUAUACAUAGAUGGUUUCAGUAAAUCCUAUUCCAUGCCAAUCAGGGUCGAUUCACUUUUUUUUUUAUGACCGAUAUUGAGAUUAUUUGGAACUUAUGUCGGCUGAUAUCUAGAGUAGAAAUUUUAAAUACUUCGAAGCAGUUGUCUGAUUGAAUGUCCAUGGACUCAGUUUGUGUCGGUUUCUUGAUAAGCUCCACAAUAUAUCUUAUUGAGAUCGUAAGCCUUCUAUAUCAUGGUCGAUAAUCUCCUAGGGGAGGCAAUUGCACAUAUAUGGAUUCAUGGUACCUUAUCUAUGAGAGGUGUCUCAAUUUAUAUUUCAAUAUACAGAAUUAUGCCUCAUAUUUAUAAAUACAUGGAACUUCAAAAUUGAAGUCUCAGUUUAGGGUGUUUCAGGUGUUUUGGACUUUUCCUUGGACAUGUUUUCUUGAUUCAGAUGGAUAUGAUUAUGAAUUUGACCAGGGAAGUUGUCAUAAGUUACCGGAGUUUUGGUAAGAUUUUUGAGAGUGGUUUCUUUUUCUCUUCUUUAUAUUUUCUUUUGGUGUUGUCUCUAGUUUUCUGGCAGAAAGUAGUGGGUUGAACUGCUGGUUGUUUAAUUGUGACGGAAUUCAAAUGGAUGGUGGUAUAUGGCUCCUCUCUACCCACUCCUUGUUGCCUGUUUUUAGGCGUUUAAUAUUUGGAGAGAUCAAGAGUUACUUCAUGAUAGCCUAAAUUAGCCUUAAUCUGGCUGAUUGGAUUCAACUGAAUGAUCAGAAUCAUACUUUUCUUAUUUGGCUGUCACUUUCCCAGCUUAUGGCUGGGAAACACGUUAUGCAUUACAGGCCUUCAGAUUUCUCUCUCCCUCUUCUCGUCACAACAAAAAAGUCCACGACUUCCAUCUUCUCGAAUUACUGAUCAAGGAAAAAAAACGUUUUCUCCUUGUCUGAUAUUGACCUUUUUUGUAUUCUUUUUACCUCUCCCUGAAGUCGUUCUGGUAAGAUUUACUCGUGAGAAAAAUCAAUCUUUUCCCUUGCAGCUAUGGCAAGAUUAGGAAUUCCUUCGUCCUGAGUAACUCUCCCAACCUUAACAUUCCAUCUUCCUUUAUUUCUCAUGCAUGGUAAAGGAAUUGGUAUAUGUAAAGUGGCGUCUAAAUCAACCUUACUUUACCAUGAUGUUGUCAACCGAUCUGGUGGUACUAGAAAAUAUCGUUUACUUAUAUCGUUUACUUUCUAUGAUGAAAUUUGAGUCGGUUGGGGGGUGGUGGGAGGGGCAGUUAACUCUUUGAGGUUUGUUUGUGUCAACAUCUAGCAUGCCCUCUUUUCUAAUACUCUCCCAUUAUGAUCUUUAAAUGAAUCUUCUCAUGAUCUAUUUAUCCAAGUACGGCUCUCUUGGACACUGCCAUUAUUAUCUCUAAACGGAUAUCCUAUUGAUAUUCCUGUCAUGUAACAAGGAAUUUGAUGGCACUAUUAGAUAGCUUAUCGGGUAUUGAUGGCACCGCUAGAUCAUCAACUGAUCUAGCUUGUCAGGCUAGGUCAUGCGUUAUGCCUUAUACUUUUGGAUUGUCCCAUCAGCCUGUCCACUUAAUAGGAUCUGGGUACUUUCUACUCAUCUCUAGGACUGCAUUUCCUCCUUUGUUUGUUUACUGCAUCACAGCAGCUUGAUACCUUCUUUAUCCUUUUGACUCUUUACAAGUCUGUCCUUUCCUUCAAGUUUCUUCAAUAUGGUGCAAUUCUCUCUUGUUUUCUUGGGAUCUCCAGUAUUAGUUUCCACAGUUCAUAUCAGACGUCUUCUCUUCUUCUUUUGAUUUGCCUAAUGCACUACAAGAUGUCAGCCUUCUACAUUGGCAUCUGCUUAACAAAACAUUACUUCUUCGUUAAAAUAUAUCUUCGUUCUGCCUUCAGUUCACUUUCCUUACAUAUCAGAUUCAGGUCGAAAUGGUGUUUUUGAUCACUUUUAUGUUAAAGGAACCCUACUAUUUUCGAGAUAACUAUUUACGAUACAACUCGUCAGUAAAACUACUCAUCUUUUAUGUCACGAACCGGUUGAAAACCAGUGGGCACCCUUUCCCCAGUAUUUUCGAAUUAGUCAUCUGAUUUCUCUUCCAGGCUCUCGUUUAGGAGUAGGGUCCAGCUGUAUAGGAUAAAUGGAAUAUAUUGAUCUUUCUUUAAAAUAUGUUUCUCUUGAUACCAAGUCUUGCUGAGACACCAAGUCUUGUGAUUGGGACCCCACUCUUCACCCCCUCUCAUAUUUGGUCCCAACUUUUUGCGGGGAGCCCAUUAGUUUAGGGUGUGCAAAACGCCCAAGAGUCCGAGCAUGGUGGGCUGAAAACGUACCUUUUGGUUUAAGCUCGCGAACAGUAUGCAACCCUUUGAUGUUUCUCCUAAACGUUUUGGGAGGGAAAGGUUUUGGCCGACUUGAGGAUUGAUGAUCAUAUUUCAUCCAAUGGGGGGGUGGCGGGGCAGUCCGACCCCAACUAGCUAGACAUAACGCAUGACCUAGCCCUCUUGAAAAAUCAGGCCGAGCUGAAUUUAGUAGAGUUAGACACGAGCCAGACCCAAUUUCAGUCUGAAUUUCAUGUUUAAUUUGGCUUUUGGGUUUUAAUCUAGUCUGUGUUUGAUCGAUGUGAAUCAAUGUUUAUGUUUUUCAUGUAUGUAGUAAUAGUAGUGUACUGAAAAUUAUACAUGUAGGAUAAGUUCAAAAUGCUUCCAGGAAUGACUUUCUGAGACGUUUCCAUCUAUAAGAUGGACACAUUUCUAUUGCACAAGCCCAUUAAUCAGUUGUCAGAUCAGGAUUAAUAUGGGGGCUUUGGUUAUGCAUGGUUGGAGCCUCUUGUUGACGAUGAUCUCUGCGCGUUAUCAAACCUCAGCUGUGUUUUUGACAUACCUAAUGCUAACUUAGGAAAUCAAGCCAUAUGUUAUUCUCAGUAUUUCAGAUGAGUUCUAAAAUUUUCGUGCUAAAGAAUAAAAUGGAUCCUCUGCCUGGGGAAAAAGGGAAAAAACAUUUGAAAAUAUUUUUUGCCUAAACGUCAAUGAUUUGGGGGGAGGUGGGUCCUCGUCAGAUACUAUUGUGAGAAGCAGCUCAAAAUCUCCGUCAAACUCUUUUGCCAAAUUGUUGUCUGUCGGGUACCUUCAUCUUCGUAGCCGAGUGGUUUGACUUUCUUUCUUGGUUGUCAGAUCUACGUGGCCACAAUCUUCUGCUCUGAUUCAUCUUCAGUGCUUGUUUGUGUGUUAUCUUAAAAGAGAAGAUUUUUUUACUUCCUCUUGUGACGCGUUCUUCUGAUGUUUAAUCAUUCUGCUCCUGAAUCUCUUUUCUUUUUAUCAAAUCCAUCGUUUUAUUCAUUCGUUUGAGAUAACCCAUCAAGCGUAUGUAAAACUUAUGAUAUUUGCUCAGGCCACAAAAGCGCUCGGCGAGUGCAAAAUAACUCUUGAAGAGUACGUCUUUACUCUAAAGAUGGCUGUCAGUCUGAAGGCCCUGGUGGAAGCUGUGGGUAUCGGCAUAGAGAACUAUGAUCUCACUGGAUUGGCCUCAGAUCCUGCCAAAGCGACCCAUGGGACAUCCACUCGUGCUGAGAUACCUGUUGGGAAAGCUUGUUCUUCACUCACUUCUGUAGACAUCAUCAAGUUUCUGACCGGAGAUUUUCGGCUAAGUAAAGCAAGGUCUAAUGAUCUGUUCUGGGAGGCCGUCUGGCCUCGGCUGCUUGCCAAAGGGUGGCACUCCGAACAGCCCAAGAAUAGCAGUUUUGGCACUUCAAGGCACUCCCUCGUCUUCCUGGUGCCGGUCAUUAAAAAAUUUUCGAGGAAGCUCGUGAAGGGGAAGCACUAUUUUGACUCUGUCAGUGACGUUCUGAACGAGGUCGCCUCCGACCCAAGGCUUCUUGAGCUCGACAUCGAAGGUCUGAAGGGGGAUAAUGGGAAGGAUGAACAUGGAUGGGAUGGAGGUAGCAACUUGGAGGAGAAUGGGUCGUCUGAUCAGCAGAAUCAUCUCUACCUUCGUCCUCGUUUGCCCAACUGCAACUCGGAGCUCAUGAAGUUCACAGUUGUGGAUACUAGCUUGGUCCACGCAGAGCCCCCAUUCAGGGUCCGAGAGCUGAAGAGUUUGCCUGUGGAUCCCACUAUUAUUGGCUAUGGCGCAUCGAGUCCAUGUGAAGCGGACAGUAACAGCUCAGAGGACCAGCCGAUCUCAACAGAGAUGUCAUUGACCGAUGGCAAGAAAGUCAAGGAAGCCCGGAGACGAGUCAACAAAGUGGGAAAGUCCAUGCUGGCUGAUCGUGCCGCAUCUGUUUCAAAGAGAAGAGUACUGAUCAACAGGGAAGAUUCCGAUGGACGAUACCCAAAUGGGUCAUCCGAGUUUGACCCCACGAAGGACGAGGAGUUCCAAUUUGGUGUCGGAUCGAAGAGUGGCAAGCCAAACUAUCUCUCCCCCGUCUCAAAGAGGCAGAGGCUGACUGCUUGCAGAAACCCAGAAUCUGUUUUCCGAGCAUUAUCCUCUGGAGAUCUGGUGGAGAAGGAGAUUGGUUGCCUGGUCAAGCCCAUGGAAGUGAAUGAAUCGGUGGUUGCCGAGGCUGGGCUAGUGGCGAAAGACAGCCCCAAUGAGUCGAACGAAUACAUUCAAAAUGGCAACUGCGUCAGCACUUCUAGUAUUGGAGAGGUGGCUAUCCCCUGUGGGAAGACCACUCAGGCCAGAGCUUUGAUUGAUCUGAACCUCCCGCAGUUUCCCCCAGAUUUCGAUGCUUGUGAGGCAUUGAACGCAGAGGUGGCGGACAACCAGGAAGACUUGAGUUUGAAGCUGGUCUCAAUUCCAUUGGGAGGGCAGAAUCCUGCCAAACAUCAGUCGUGGGAGUAUUCUAAUGGCGUGUCUAAUGAGCCUCAUGAUACAGUGAACGCCCGCCGGCACAGCACCAGGAACCGGCCAUUGACAACCAGAGCUCUAGAAGCCCUGGCAUCUGGGUUCCUCGCUACAAGGCGGAAGGGUAAAGCCACAAAGACCAAGGUCUCCAGCAGUGUGGCAUCAAGGUCCUCUAGACCCUCAUACAAGACUGUGGAAACAUCAGCAUCGGCAACAACUGUCGACCGUGGAAGCGCUAUCUGUGAUCUGACGGACGCCAAAUUUGAAGCAAUGGAAGAAGAAUGCAGCAGCAACCCUAAUCUGCCAUGA